AUGUUGACAGUUCUAUCACCCCGGAUCGUGCUGCCGUGUGCCAUUUUGCUGGCAUGGUGUACCGCCAGUGCGCGUGCCACCGAUCAACCGCAGCCCGUGAAAACCUCGCUGGAUAAGGCCCGCCCGCAACACCAGUGGUCCGUACGGGACGCGCUCGAGCUAGCGCAGGAACGCGAACAGGUACUGGCGGCUCAGCAAUCAAUCGCCUCCUGGCGGCAAAGUUUGCAUCAGCACGCCCGAACAAGGGGUGAGGUGCUGGAGGAGGAACCGAGUCGCGAGGAGGUGGAUCUGCAGCAUCCUCAGCGGCGGCGUAAGAAGCGUGCCGACCGGAACGAUCUGUACGCGAAGGAACUGUCGAAGGAGGGCGCUAAGAACGAAACGGUCCCGAUCGAUUUGGACCCGGACGAUGGUGACGAUACGGAUGCAUCCGUCGUGUGUUACGGACCGCUCGGAUGCUUUCACGAGACGGAUCAUCUGCCGGAGAUGCUGCCUUCCUCACCGGCGGAAGUGAACACACGGUUCCUGGUGUACACCACCACGCAUCGGAGUGAGAAACCACUGAUAGAAUUUUCGUACGAGGAGCUAGUGGUAGCCGGUUUCGGGGCGGCGUACUGGGCAAACGGUACGAACGAUACCGUAUCGAUUCCGGUAUCGACCGGGAUGUCUUCCUCGCUGCUGAAAACAUUCGGAGAUCUCAGCAACCGUACCGUGCGCGUUAUUGUGCACGGUUUUGGCGCUAACUGCGGUCUGGUCUGGAUAUACGAGAUGCGCACCGCCCUCAUGGCUGUGGAAAACUGUACGGUAAUCUGCGUGGACUGGGAGAAUGGUGCGAAGCUACCGAAUUACGUGCGUGCCGCAGCCAACACACGCCUGGUCGGUCGGCAAUUAGCGCUGCUGUUGCGCUUACUGCGCACGCACAACGAUUUGCGACUGUCGCGCGUGCACCUGAUCGGUUUCAGCCUUGGCUCACACGUCGCUGGCUUUGCCGGGGCAGAGUUUGCAAGUUCUGGUACACCACCGCCAGUUGAACCACCCCCAGACGGUGCGAACGAUCUGCUGGUGCGUAGUGCGAUCGACGACACGGGCACGGAGUCGACGACCGCCCAACAGCCGACGGAGCGACCGGCCAAUACGGCCGGUUUGUGGCGUAUAACGGGCCUGGAUCCGGCCGGACCACUGUUCGAAGCACAGCCGCCCGAGGUGCGACUGGACGCUGGAGAUGCACGGUACGUCGAUGUGAUCCACUCGAACGGAGAAAACCUCAUUCUCGGCGGGCUCGGUUCCUGGCAGCCAAUGGGUACGGUCGACUACUACCCAAACGGGGGCCGGGUCCAGCACGGCUGCACCAAUCUGUUCGUUGGCGCCGUCACAGACAUCAUCUGGGCACCACCGACCACGGUUGAAGGUCGUUCGCUAUGCAAUCAUCGGCGGGCGUACAAGUUCUUCAUCGACUCCGUUGCACCACGCUGCCACUUUCCGGCAUUCCCGUGCGAAAGCUACGAUCAGUUUGCGGCGGGUGAAUGUUUCGAUUGCGGCGCCAAUGGGACAAGUUCCGCCUGCGGCCAUAUGGGCUAUUAUGCGACGAGCCGGGACGUCGGUGGAUACGGCCAGCUGUACCUGCGCACACGGGACGAGGAACCGUACUGUGCGAACCAGUUCCGUUUGCGGUUGCGUAAUGCACCGGACGAGCUACCGUUGCGCACGGUGGGACGCUUCGAGCUAACGCUCGAGGGCGGCGACACGGGCAACGGGAUCGAGGACGGUCCGAGCGGUGGUGCACCGUUGCUCACCUUCAACGAAACAUUCCAUUUGGAUGAGGCCCGCGAGGACCGUGAAUUCCAUGCAGGUCAGUGGCUGACUACGAUUCUCGUACCCCAUCCGGCACUCGGCCAUCGACCACGUGCGCUCACCAUCACCUACCGUCCGUACCGUGGCGGCUGGUGGCAACGUUCGAGCGUCGGUAAACAGUUGUGGCGCAUCGGUCCCAUUCUGCUGACGGCGGACGAUCAGCGUACUUACGGUUCCUGCGCCACUCUCACACUGCAAGCAGAUGUCCCGGUGCGCAUUGAGCUGCAGCCAAUACUGCUGCACGCAAACGACGAACCUGGCGACGAGGAUGGAACGGAAUGUCGGGCUGCGGAAGAGCUAUAUCAACCUCCCGGUACGGUGCAACCGUCGCCACCGAAGAGCUCGAUCGAUGAGCUGCUGGUCAGUGCGAAACAUCCCCCCGGCCAUGAUCACUUUUCCUGGACGCCGGUUGCGAUCAGCAUCCCGCGUCACUCAUCCCAACCUUUGCACGUGAAUGAAAAGCGUUCCUUCGCUGAUACGGUCCCGGUGGGCGAACCAGCCAUGGCAGAACCACCUCAUCUACCACCCACUGCCCAAACCGUGCAAUUGUUUCCGUCGCGGCUUGUAUCUUUCUUCGAACGGGCAGAACGGUACGCACGGCGCACGUGGGACGCACUGUUUAGUGGGAAUGUGACGGAUACUACCGGAUCGAAGAUGGCACCGGGACCAGAUGGAGAUGAGACAACGAUCACGACGGUUGUCGAUCUGUUACUGGCACCUGCUGGAGGGAACGUAUCGCCAGCUGGCCCUACUUCCACGUCCACCACCAACAGCAACAAUCCAACCACCACACCGUCCUCUUCCCCAAGUACAUCCGCCCCAACCGAGCCCAGCACGACGGAGAUACGGAUCGCACUACCAACCUUCCGGCCGCUGACGAGACAGGCGGACAGUUCUGUCGGUAGUGGGCGGCAACACUACACUCGCUUCAUCCCGCUCGUGUACGAGGAAAGCAAACCGGCUGAAGGGGUCAGCCCGGCGGUUGGCGUCCGUAAGGUAGCCGCCCGUACCAGGUAG